AGGGAGUGUAGUCUGUCAUCGCUGGCGGCGGCGCUGGACGCGGCGCUCAGCAGCCAGCUCACCGCCACCGCCGGCUGCUCGCAGGCGCAGACGCAGCUGGCUCAGCUCACCGAGGAUGUAGCUACAAUCAAAUACGAGCGAGACAAGGCCACCACCAAGCUGAAUGACUUGACCACGGUGCGGAAGAAUCAGGAGAGCCUCAUACACCGGCUGCAGAAGCGGCUGCUGCUUGUCACGAGGGAGCGGGAUAGCUAUAGACAACAGCUAGACUGCUACGAAAAGGAGUUAUCGGUGACUCUAUGCGGCGAAACCGGCGCGGGCAGCGCUGCCUUGCUCUCAGCGCGCGUGGAACAGCUGGAGAAGGCUUUGCAAGGCUACCGGGACCUGCUAGCCACUCACGAUCAACACGCGCACACUAAAAUGGUAGAAAGUCUCCGCAACGAAGUGACCAAGUGGCGCGAAGAGGCGGAGUCCCUCCGUCGCGACGUGCAGAAGUUUCGCUCGCAGCGGGACAUGCUGCAAGCGCAUGUCGAACGCCUUGGGAGCAGCCAGGGAACCAAGGUGCUUCACCUGGCUGACAAUCCCGCAGCCGCCGCACAAAAACAAUUCCAAUUGGACUUGGAAGCCGCACAAGAAGAGAUAAAGCAGUUAAAAGCGGCGCUGCGUGAAGGCGGCUCGCGCGCCUGCUCCGAUGCGGACACGCAGGCGCUGCGGCAACAGCUCGAGAACCGAGACAUCAAGCUCAAAAGGAUGAAGGAAGAAUUCACUUCGUCAGCACAAGAAUAUAGAGACGUCUGUUAUAUGCUUCUAGGUUAUAAAAUAGAUAGAACUGGCCAUAAAAAUUAUAGAAUAUCAAACAUGUAUGCUGAGUCAGCAGACGAGUACCUCACCUUCAAGCUUUGUGACGAUGGCAUCGAGAUGGUGCACACCGAUUACUCGUCUACGCUUGGUGAGCUGGUGGAACUACAUCUCCACCAUCACCGUUCCAUCCCACUGUUCCUCUCUGCUCUCACCAUGGAACUCUUCACUCGGACAACGAUGCAGCAAGAUCAGGAGUGCUAAUCGGAUUGAAGUGAAUCAGUGAAGUGUGUAUGUACAGUGAUGUUACAGUGAACGAUGAAUCUAGGAUAUUUAUU